ACACUUAAAGCUGUUACACAAGUCAUCUACAUAAAUCAGCUGACCGCUGUGGUCACAUACAGCCGGAGCGAAACACUUGAAUGAAGAUCAGACCUGCAGAGACUUUAUAAAUCACCUGCACUCUUCUGAAUUCUUCUCAUUUCCUUUGAAUACUCUAAACUUUUUCAAAACCUUUCAAAAAAGGCCAUCUUGACUUCUUAUGUUGCUUGUAAGUCAUUUUUAAAAAAUCUUAGAAACCUCUAAACUCUUUCUUCAUCAUUCUUAGUGUCUGGACACAAAUAUACUUCAGGUUUCUGACCAAUUUCCAAAUUCACCAACUUUUAAACUUUCCCUGCUUUUCUAAAACUUCUUCAAUUUCUGAGCUGAACUUUUCUGAACAUUUCAGAAAAUUUCCAAACUCUUUGAACUCUUCCCAAACACUUCCAAACUGCUGGAGAAAUGCUCCAGGUUUCUCCAAGCUUCGAUUUUUCCAACUUCGGUCCGGUGGAGUUGCAGAGGGCGAGCGGGUCAGAUGGCUGUCAAAGGCAUCGUUCUUGUUCCCUUUUUGAGCCACCAGAUUUGAUCGAGUACCAAAGAAACUUCCUCAGACCUCGGUCCAGAUCCUUCUACAUGUUGGAUAAAAAAGAAAACAGCGAAGACCAGCAAGUUUUUCAGGCAGACGCUGGGAAACUAAACAACAAAGGAGACCUUGACACCAAAGUGCCACCGAAAAGAUCCACAGCAGGAAUAAACAAACAUCUGAGUAAAGAUCAUGGAGGUACAAGAGGAAACCCUAAAAACAUCCCGUUGUUGACCAUCACUGAGCCGGACAGCUGGGAAAUCAGCUUGUGUACUGGCAUGAAAUAUGGUCACUACGUGGACUGGGAGAAAAUCCACCCCAAAGCCGCCUCUCGCUUCCAGAAAGUUCUCACCAGUGAUCCUUCCGAGCUAAAAGAAAUGGCACGCUCAGGAUUCUGGGUGACGCAGCACACACUGCAGGCCAAAUCUUACCAACACCUCAUACACCGUAUCGAGUGCACUUCCAGUGCAGAGGACUCCAAGACAUAUCGCUACCUGGCAGGCAGGAUAUUCCAGGAGCACGGGAGGAGCACGCAUCCUUUCCCCAAAUUCAUGAAAGAUGGUGAGAUCCCUCGCUACUGCCUGAACAAAUCCGGCCUGAACUCGGUGAAGAUGAUCCUCCUGUGUGUGAGCGAGAAAUUCCCAGAAAUUACCUUUUGCCCCAUUUUGCCGGCUCUGGUGUCUUUGCUGCUUCACUACAGUGAGGACGAGGCUCAGUGCUUCCACAGCAUCUGCUCUCUGGUGAGAUACACAGAUCCACAAAAGCGUUAUAUCGAUCAGAACUUUGUUACCACCCAUGCGUCCUGCAUGACCUUCGGCGACUUAGCCAACAAGUACUGCCGUGGAAUCCGUAAACUAAUCGCAAGCUCCCAUCAGAGCCUCUUUGAGUUCUACUCAGACUGGAUCAUGUGGAUUUUUGCCGACCUACCUUUCAUCUACGCAGUCCGGGUCCUGGAUGUCUACCUGGUUGAGGGCUACAAGGUUCUGUACCGCGUAGCUUUAGCGCUCCUCAGCCUCUACAAGGUCUCGGUGAGUUCUCGAGUGGCCCAUGUAGAAGAUUUCAAGCAGGACAUGAAGAGCUUCGUGGAGAACGUGAGCCGUCACAGUAGCGUUGAUGCUCUGCUUCAGAGAGCCUUUAGCAUCCAGCUGCCUACACGCAAGGAGCUUAACUUCCUCUACAACGCUAACAAACAAGCGCUAAUACAGAAAGGGAUUGAGCACAAGAGCUGUUUGGGCUGUUUGGAUUUGGGACGUGUUCGCUCCACUGUGGUGUCGGAGACAGAGAUGCGAGUGGUGUGGGCCUGGAUUCCUGAGCGCUUCUCUCUCUUCAGCCCAGAACGCCUCUACAGCACUGAAGAACACGGCGGAGACCUCACAGCGUUUUAUGCUCAUGUUGAAGGCCACGAGCCGACGGUGCUGAUCCUGAAAACGGUGGACGAGGAGGUAUGUGGAGCAUUUUUGUCUUCAGAUUGGACUCUGAGGAGGCGUGAGGAGGCGGAGCUGCAGUUUUUUGGCACUGGAGAGUGUUUCGUCUUCACGCUGAGGCCAGCAAUGGAGCGAUACCAGAAAACUGUGCUGCACAUCUCAGGGAUGACAGGAAUAAAGGAAUCCUCUACAUCCUCCCCUUCAUCUUCCUCAGCUUCCACUUCAUGUGACGUGAUGACAUCAUACUGCACCACCUGCCCCGCUGUGACCCCUCGCUUCGUGAGCGGAGAUGAUGAGAUGUUAUUUAUUGGUGGAGAUGGUGGACAUGCCCUGUGUCUCGGCACGGGUCUCACAGCAGGACAGUCUGAACGCUGCAACACUUUCGACAGUCCUGUCCUCUGCAGGGGCAAAUUCAAGAUCCAGAGUCUGGAAGUUUGGGGAAUUCAGGUCACGGGGAACCUGGAGCCUAUCCCAGGGUUCAUCGGGCACAAGGCGGGGUACACCCUGGACAGGGUGCCGGCUAUUAUUAUUAUCCAUCCCAUCCAUCCAUCUUCUACGGCUUACUCCUUCUUCAGGGUCACGGGGAACCUGGAGCCUAUCCCAGGGUGCAUCAGGCACAAGGCGGGGUACACCCUGGACAGGGUCCCGGCUAUUAUUAUUAUUAUUAUUAUUAUUAUUAUUAUUAUUAUUAUGGAUGGCCUGUGAAAUUAAUCACUAUAACACUGACCAUUUUUGUGUUGUUGUUUUCUUUUACUCGGACAUCAUCUGAUUUCAUCAAUAAAACACAAACGCAAUUAUAUUAUAACUGUUUUAUGCAACUGUGCUCGUAUUGUGUUAUUGUGUUGUCUGAGCCUUCUUUUUUACUACAUGUACUGACUUUAUACAUAACGAAUAAAAAUAGGGCAUUUAAAAAC